AUGCAUGGGAUCCGUGUUCUAAGUGUUGUCUUAAGUGUUCUAAGUUCAGUUGUAUCUUUUUCUUGUAAGUUUCCGAAUAUUCUAAAAAAUAUUGGAAUGCCUCUGUCUUGUCCUUUGAGAAGUGAGUGGAGGGUAGGAUCCCGCCUUCUUAUAUUCGUCACGUUACAACUCUUAUCCUUCGAUUUCGCAACGAAGGAACUCUGGCUUGGUAUGGUAGGAGGAUGGAUAUGCUUUGUAGCAGAAUCAGAUGCUGGCUUUAUAUUCUCUUUUCUAUUCUUUUCAAGCGAGAAACGACUAAUUCAUGAGGAACUCCCGGUUAUAUUCUAUUCAUUAUACUUGCCUUGGUUGUUCCGAAUCUAG